GCAGAGCGCAGACUCAAUCCCCGCUGCAGCUCACUGCGUUUCCGUAGCCAGUUUGCUACCCGCUGAGCCCUGGCUGGGGAAGCAGCUCACGGAAACGAUUGAUCCCGAUCGAAUAACGCCAAAGCUGGACCCAUAGAUGGCGGAUUAACACCGAUAUCGGCAAGGACUCGCUAAAUCAAUGUUCGUGAUUCGGGUGCUUUUGGGGAGUGCGCUGGCAACACCCUCCGUAACAUGUGAGAUGUACACAGAAAGAUAUUAACUGUGCGUUAUUUCGGCUAACUAGCUAGCAGCUACCCCCCUUCUGUCCAAUUUAUGGUAGCUCGCCUGAGCUGUUUUCUAACCGUCGCGUCCGUACCGGAGGAAAAUGAAGAAGUUAACAUUAGGAAGGUGCUCGACGGCUUGACAGCGGUUUCUUCGUCCUCCUCCGCCACUGCCCAGCCGGGUGCUCCCCGGGAAAACGACGUUGUCCAGGAGACUCUCCAGUCGGAGCAUUUCCAGCUUUGCAAGACUGUGCGUCAUGGCUUCCCAUAUCAACCGUCCUCGAUGGCUUUUGACCCCGUACAGAAAAUCUUGGCCAUUGGGACUCAGACCGGAGCUUUGAGGCUCUUCGGCCGUGCAGGUGUGGAGUGCUACUGUCAGCAUGAGAGCGGCGCUGCUGUCAUCCAGCUCCAGUUCCUGAUCAACGAGGGGGCGCUGGUGAGUGCCUUAGCUGACGACAGCAUCCACCUGUGGAACCUGAGGCAAAAAAUCCCCGCCAUCCUGCAUUCUCUCAAGUUUAACAGGGAGAGAAUCACAUACUGCCACCUGCCCUUCCAGAGCAAAUGGCUGUACAUCGGCACGGAAAGAGGAAACAUCCACAUCGUCAACGUGGAGUCCUUCACUCUCUCAGGCUACGUUAUUAUGUGGAACAAAGCCAUCGAACUAUCCACCAAGACACACCCAGGGCCUGUUGUGCACAUCAGUGAUAACCCCAUGGACGAGGGCAAGCUUCUGAUUGGAUUUGAGUGCGGGGUAGUGGUGUUGUGGGAUCUGAAGUCCAAAAAAGCUGACUAUCGCUACAAUUAUGAUGAGGCGAUCCACUCAGUCGCUUGGCACCAUGAGGGGAAGCAGUUUGUUUGCAGCCACUCCGAUGGCACUUUGACCACAUGGAAUGUACGAGCCCCAGCCAAGGCUGCACAGAUCAUCACACCACAUGGAAAGCAGCCUAAGGAUGGAAAAAAGCCAGAACCAUGCAAGCCUAUCCUGAAAGUGGAGUACAAAACAACAAGGGCUGGGGACCCAUUCAUGGUCCUGUCUGGAGGUCUGUCCUACGACACGGUGGGGAGGAGAGCCUGCCUGACUGUGAUGCAUGGAAAGAGCACCGCCGUCCUGGAGAUGGACUACCCCAUUGGUAGACUCCUAACGCUGUGCGAAACUCCAUAUCCAAAUACUUUCAAGGAGCCUUAUGCUGUGGUGGUCCUCCUUGAGAAGGAUUUAGUUGUAAUAGACCUCGGACAAAUUGGAUACCCAAUAUUUGAGAAUCCAUAUCCUCUGACUAUCCACGAGUCACCAGUGACCUGCUGUGAGUAUUUUGCUGACUGCCCUGCUGAUCUUAUUCCUGCACUUUACUCCGUCGGCAGCCGGCAAAAGAGACAAGGUUACAGCAAGAAGGAAUGGCCCGUUAGGGGAAACUGGGGCCAAAACACACAGAGUUAUCCAGAGAUUAUAAUACAGGGACAUGCUGAUGGGUCAAUCAAAUUUUGGGACGCUUCUGCAUUAAUGCUUCAAGUGCUGUACAAGCUGAAGACUGCCAAGGUGUUUGAGAGGGCUCGCGGUAAGGAGGAGAAGCCCAACACAGAUAUCGUGGACGAGGACCCGUUUGCCAUCCAAACCUUGUCCUGGUGUCCUGAGAGCAGGAUGCUCUGUGUGGCCGGAGUGUCCGCUCACGUUAUCGUCUAUCGGUUCAGCAAACAAGAGAUCACCACUGAAGUUGUUCAGCUUUUGGAGGUGCGGAUGCAGUGCGAGUUUAGCGAUGUGGACUCCCCCGACCCAGGAGGGGAUCAGACCCCCACCCUGCCGACGCCUGGAGCUUCCUCCAGCCCUCAGGAGAGCGAGCCUCCCACUCAGCCCUCCACAGGCAGCAACUCCUCCGACGGGCCCCGAGACAAUAUACCAUGCCUGCAGGUGCGGAGCUCCCCGCUGAAGCAGUCUCCGGGCUACCAGGUGGAGCUGGUGAUCCAGCUGGUGUGGGUGAGUGGGGAGCCGCCUCAGCAGAUCACCAGCCUGGCAAUCAAUUCCUCCUACGGCCUUGUGGUGUUUGGAAACAGUAAUGGUCUGGCUGUGGUGGACUACCUCCAGAAAACUCUGCUCCUCAAUAUGAGCUUGUCGGAGCUGUACAGCCCGUCUGACCCCUACCAGAGGCAGCCUCGCUCCCCACGUAAAGCCCGACAGCCCUCUGGAGCGCUUUGUGACUCCAAUGAUGGUUCCAACACCUCAGAGGAUCGCUGCAAAUCUCCAACUUCAGGAUCUACCUCGCCCUGCAAUUCAGACGAUGAACGAAAACAGAACUUCAUAGAGAAGGUGAAGUUCAAAAGCAGACGCUUUUCCAAGACGGUUGCCAAUGACUUUGCCAAGAUGUCACGGAAAAUUAGCUCGUCUAAUGAGCAAAAGACAGACCAGGAUGCCAAGGACAACUCAUUCACCCGCUCACGUAGUUCAAGUGUAACCAGCAUAGACAGAGAAUCUCGAGAGGCCAUCUCCUCCUUUUACUUCUGUGAGACUUUCCCCAAGAAGGGGGACAGUGUGGUCAGCCCCUGUCUGCUGGUGGGGACCACGCAGGGCUCUGUGAUGAUGGUGGCCCUCAGCCUGCCACCUGGUGGGGACCAGAGGCUGCAGCAGCCGGUCGGCAUCGCCUCCUGUGGCACUAUGGCCCAACUCAAAGGAGGCAUUUUGACGAUGGCUCUGCUCGACGCUGCUGGAACUCUGCUGCCCCCUUCCUACGAGCCAUGGUAUGACCCAAAUGCCUCAGAUGAAGAAAAAGAGAAGAGCCGGAGGCGCAGGCCAGCCUCCCCUCCUUCAUCACAAGAGGGCCAGGACACCCAGUUUGCCGUGCUGUGUUCGGAGAAACAGGCCAAGGUGGUGGCCAUGCCCUCCCAGACCCGUCUCUACAAACACAACAUCACAGAGACCUCCUUCGUGCUGAGAGCUGAUGUCGUGCAGAUGGCCGGGACGAACUGCAUCACCUGCUUCUGUGCUAACGGCCACAUAAUGACUCUCAGUUUGCCCAGUCUACGGCCUCUGCUGGAUGUGAACUACCUGCCGCUGACAGACAUGCGGAUAGCCAGAACGUUCUGCUUCUCUAACCUGGGUCAGGCUCUGUACCUCACUUCACCUACUGAGAUCCAGAGGAUCACCUACAGCCAGGAGACCUGCGACAACCUGCAGGAGAUGCUCAGUGAGUUAUUUACCCCUGUGGAGACACCAGAGGCUCCAAACAGAGGUUUCUUCAAAGGCCUUUUUGGUGGAGGAGCUCAGUCUCUGGACAGGGAGGACCUCUUCGGUGAAACGGCCUCUGGUAAGGCGUCUCGUAGCCUGGCGCAGCACAUCCCCGGCCCAGGCAGCAUGGAGGGCAUGAAGGGAGCAGCUUCAGGAGUCGUGGGCGACCUCGCUCGUGCCAGGAUAGCGCUGGACGAGAGAGGGCAGAAACUGGGCGAGCUCGAGGAGAGAACGGCCGCCAUGAUGGCCAGCGCAGAUUCCUUCUCCAAGCAUGCCCACCAUAUGAUGCUGAAGUACAAAGAUAAAAAGUGGUACCAGCUCUGAUGGCAGCGUGUGGAGCUUCGGACUCUGUAAUCACGCACACCAGUAUCUCUGAGGAGCUGCAGGUCCCUCUUCUUCUUCUCUAUUUCUCUCCACCAGGGUGGGGUGGGGGGAUCCGGCUCAGCAGAAUCAUGCUUCUUUUUUUCCCCUCAGCACAAUAUCAUCACUCUGCAUUACCUCAGUCACCGGAGGACUGCUGCAGAGGAGACACUGGCCGACGAGAACGGAAAGAAAUGGAAGAAGAGAAGCUUUUAAGAAUCUCUCUCUUCCAUUUCACCACAGAGCGAUGAUGAUGAUGAUGAUGAUGAUGAUGAUGUUGGUUUACCAUCAGACCAGGAGAGGAGGGGGACUUUUCAUAUCCGUCAUGCACUCGUAUACGUCUCACGAAUAUAUAUCUACACACCUUGCUGUUUUGUUCAGAAAGAGGAAAGACAAUUCUGCAAAAAAAAAACAAACGAAAAUGUGCUCGUGGUGGCCUGACUGCAAUUGUUUGUUUUCCUUUCUCUGCCCUUUAUGGUGUCUGCCAAACACAGUGGACUUAAAUGAGGAGAAAAGUCUGAUGACCCCUUGUCCUUCAAAUCUAGUCAGUUCAGAGAACAUGUAAGUUUCCGUAGGAACGAUUGAAUCAGUGAAGCACUGUUUGUGUUUUUGGUCUAAAUUAUUUUUAUGAAUUUGUCCUUUCCCCUUUUGUUUGUCUGUUUGUCUUUUUUUGUCAAGAAAGGGCCUUUCAAGCACUUAGAACAGUAACAUAAGAAAAAUGGACAGGGAGAUGAUGAAUCUGUUGCCUCUCACAGAAUAAGGGCUGGUAGUGCACUAGUUCAUCACCGACCAUACCUUUCACAGCAUUUUCCAAUCAAGUUGUUUUAGGUGAGAGAGACAACAAAAAAAAAAAGCUUUCUGGAAGUCACUUUGCUUUUAUUUUGAAAUUGAGCUAUUUAUUGGAGCAGUAUAAUAGAAAUGAAGUAAAAGAAGGUUUGUAUGUUGGGAAUUAGAUUUUCUUUUGUUUGAUUUAAAUGCACAAUAAAAGUGCUGAAGAUGUUUACCCGCUAAAUGAAGAGUUUACAUUGAUCCAUCAGAAAAACGAGUUGAUACACUGGAAUUAAACCCCCGAAGGUCCUGCAUUCUUACCUUUCGAGGGGCUGUAGCUACGUGAAGGACGACGAGUCGACGGGCAAGACAUAGAUUGUCCUUGAUAUAAUUAGCAUAAAUGUAUAUUUUGGUUACAAUUUUAUGUUUUUCUGUGACAAAGAUCUAUUUAUACGCGAUCAUACGGAUUUGUUUUUUGGCAUCCUGUCGUAGCCGAAGUCGAUUUUUGUUUUUGUCUUAAUGUGUAGGGGAAAAAAAGCAUGCGUCUCUUUACAGCACAAUGGAAGUGAUAAUGCUGUCGUCGUAUUUGUAGCUGCCAGUAGAAAUGACCAAGCACAACACGGUGUUCCACACAGUGCCAUUGGUCAUCUCUCUCUCCGAAAAACCGUUCACUCAAAAAUACUGUUUCUCUUCUGCCUUUGCCUCAUGAUGCAUAUAUGCUAACCUCUACCUAUGUGUAUAUCUGUGUGUUUGUGAACAUACAUAUAUUCAGGAAUAUGUGUAUGGGCGCCACUGUUUAUAAUACUACAUAGAUGCAGUGUAUUACAAUAGGUCUUUUGAGGUUUUUGUUUUUGCUUGACCGUGUUUUUCAAUGUGAUUAACUAGACUUCUAUUGUAAUUAGAUUUCUUUCUCAUGAGGUGCAAGGAUAUGCUGCUAUUUGUGUCAAUAUAGCAGCAUCAUCUUCUGUCGGUCUUUUAUUUUGAAAAGAGAGACAAGACUUUGUCAGUCCAGAUUGCUGCCAAAUGUUGUAAAUAGCGGGACAGCUGGACACAAAUCUGACAGUGCAGGUUCAGGCAACGUGACAUACUGUACGCUCGCGGCCAUGUUCUUUUCUGACACCAAAGAGUUGCUUAAUUUCACAGAGUUGUCUUGAUUUCAUUUAGUUUUUUUUUCCACCCCCAAAUGGUAAAAAGUCAGUCAGGAUGGAUUGACAACAGUCUGCUGUGUGUGAGCGGGCGGGUUUGUGGGGUGAGAGCAGUAGAUUGGCUUUGCUUCUCGUUUCUGGGCGUGGCACCUUCAUUCCUGUCCCAAACUGCUGUACAUGUGCAAAGUGAAUUUGAAGAGUUUCAUUCCAAGAUUUUAUAUCCACCAAAGAAAAUGAAGCUAACUGUGACUGGAAAUUGAAAAUCCAUCGAAGGCAUGAAGUAAAUGAAGAGACUUUUUCUUUUGAUUUCAGACUUUAGAGUAUUAAAUCUUGUACAUGUAGGGGAUGUCGAGUUAUCAGUCAUACCAAAAAUGUUUUAUCCAAAAUGGAUAUAGAGCAUUUUGGAAUAAAACCCUUCACUUUCAGACGGCUGGUUCUAAUCUUCUCUACUGUGUUCUACUACUGCUGAGAUGUAAACCCAUUAGGAAGAGCGGUUAUGUGGGUUUUGCACUAUUUUUUGUACUUAAGAUAAUUUUGUUGGUAUAAAUUUUUUUAUUGUGUUUAUUAUUUCAUGUCCCGUUUUUUUUUUCUAAUUAUUUCCCAAAAGGACCAAAACAUGACAGAACCUAUGCUUAUCUAUGUCGUUUGCCAAUUGUGCUGAUUGCUUCACUCUCAGAUUUGUUUUCAACGUCAGGUUAGUGAUACUAUGAUAUAUUUAUAUAUUUGAAAACAAAUAUAUAUAUACUUUUAAUUUCAAUAAUCUAUUAAAAAUGAAUACCUUUAAUGUCAUUUUUGGGAUAGAAUACCACACAUUAAUGUCCAAACAAUGGUUGUGCAUAAUUACCCAUCAUCCAGACAUGACAAUACAACAUUUUCUGGUAUAUAUUGAACAUGCUCAUCUCAGAUUUAAGCUUUGCUACUGCGGGAGGAUCGUCUCCUUUGGGUGGGCCGCCGAGUCUUUCUACAAAGUGUGGCCUCAACUUUAAAGUGCUUCAGUUUGCAACAUAUAUGUCCUAAAUGGUCUCUUAUUGCACAUUGAAGGAUGCAUGAUAUUAAGUGUUUACAAACUUGAAACAACCACGUAUUAUCCCUCUUAGAGAUUGUCUGUUCUGGCAUUUGUAUUAACCCACCGUGUUGAACAAAACCGAAGUUCUCAUCGCACAUCCAAAGCGUGUCCCGUUUUCAUUUUGACCAUGCCAAUUGUACACGUGUGAGAGAUUCUAUUUAUUUUACUGGUACAUCUGUUAAUGUUACUGUUUUUUGCUUCAUGGGAGCUCUUUGCUUGUCCUGCGCUGUAGAAAAACGCGUUGAAAACCGAAGCUCGGCUCGCAGCAGCGUGCAGGAGAGCUCGAGGGUUUCUCGGUCGCCAUACUUCCGUCCAUCUGUCUUCUGGGAUGAAUAUCUGUGGAGUUGCAGUAUUUUCUCAUAGUAGGCAAUUUUUGUACAGUUUUAUUAAAAUAAAUUUCACAUGGAUGUCUGACUUAAUCUGCUGCCACAAACAAUUUAGACUGUAGAUACAGUAUAUAUAGAUAUUAUUGUGCAAUGGAAAAUAAAUGUAAAACCAAUCCUAAA